AUGGGCGCAUCCGACUCCAAACUCUCCUUCAAGCAGGGCAUCUUCCGCCUGUCUGAGCCCAAGCAGAUCCCCGCCGACGACGCCUACUGGACUGGUUUCUGGGAGCUGCCCGAGUCGACGGAAGAUGUCUUUUCGCUCUUCUCCCCCGCGGACAUUCGCCGCACGCGCGACAUCAACCUAGCCAACCUCGAGACGCUCAUCCUCGCCGUCACCUCGCGCCUCAUUGUCCUGCGCAACCACCCCUCGUUCCCCGACCCCGACCUGGCCCCGGAGCGCGAUGCCCUCAACUGCAUCCGCGUCCUCACGCGCCUGCUGCCCUUUCUGUACGAGGCCGACCAUCUGGACACGUGGGAGGACCAGUUCUUCUGGGCCACCCGGCGCAAGCGCAGCCGCCGCGGCCAGCUAGUGCGCACCGAGGUGCUCUUCGACGAAGCCGACCCCGAGCAGCCGCCCACGGAGAAGGAGCCCGAGUUUGAAAAGGCCAAGCCGCUCGCCGAGGAGAUUAUCGACACCCUCAUCGACCUGCUCUUCUUCUCCGAAUUCACCCUGCCCAAGGUCCCCGCCGGCAAGAACAAGGUCACGUAUGCCAUCUGGCAGAGCGGCGUGGGCUGCAACACGCCCGUCGCAUCCACCAAGGAGUUUGAGAGCAACAGGACUGAGAUUCUGCGCCUGCUCCUCACUCUGGCAAGCAAGUCCAUGUACAUGUCGGCUGGCGUGCUACCGGUAAAGGGUGUAAAGGCCAUCACAUACAUAGCUACGUGUCCGGACAAGCAGGUUGUCUUGUCGGUCCUGUGCUCGCUUCUCAACACGACGCUCAAGUACAACCCCGCAACCUGGCGCGUGCCGUACGAUCAUGUGGUGUUCAAAGAUCAGCGGCAGAUUCUCGUCACAUACUGUCUACAGCUGCUUUUGGUGCUUGUCCUGUACCCCAUUCCAGAGCCUGGUAAUGGCCCAGCACCCAAGAAUUUCUUCCGUCAUUUUCUAGGUCGUCUGCACCGUCCACAGGAUUUCCAGUUCCUCGUUGACGGCAUGACAAGGAUCCUAAACCAGCCGCUCCAAGCAAACACGUCCUACCUCCCUGGCAGCCACAAAUCGCUAACCUGGGCCCCGGAGAUGAUCAUGCUUUUCUGGGAAGCGCUGCAGUGCAACAAGCGUUUCCGCUCCUUCAUCAUCGACACGGACCGGGCCCACGAUUUUGUCGUCUUGGUGCUAUACUAUGCGAUUGAUCAGCGCAAUGAUCCGUCCAAGCAGGGUCUUGUGCGCAUGUGCAUUUUUGUACUCCAGACACUCAGUGUUGAGCCGCAGUUCGGCAAGAGCCUCAACAAGACGUUUGAAGGCCAAGAAUCCCUUCCAGCCAGCAUUCGCAUCCCCAACUUCCACGGCACGUAUGCCGACUAUGUCAUCACGUCCAUCUACACACUACUCACCACGGGCAAAGGCAAACUCGAUGCGAUCUAUCCAGCUCUACUUGCGAUACUCAACAACAUCGCUGCUUAUGUUCAGAACCUUGGGCGCGCAACCAGCUCAAAACUGCUGCAACUCUUUGCUUCCAUGUCGGCACCUAGCUUCUUGCUUGCGAAUGAAAACAACCACACACUGCUGCACUCGUUGUUAGAGGUCAUGAAUGCCAUGAUCGAGCAUCAAUAUCAGCACAACCCAAACCUCGUGUACGCCAUUGUACGUUCGCGAAAGCGGUUCCAAGCAUUGAGACACUUUACUCUUGAAAGUGGCCAAGAAGAGCUUGAGCGUCAGAAUCAGCAACGCAAGGAGGACGGAGAGGACCUUACACGCACAAAUUCCAUUGACAGUCUGAGGAGUCCGACGGCCGCACGGACACCUACGCUGGGUAAUGUGCCAGAAGAAGAUGGGGCUUUUGCCAUUGGCGACGAUGACGAUGAUUCGGACGAAGAGGCAGACGACUUGCGGACUCCGGAUGCAACCAGAUCACGGACACACUCACCGUCAGGAGCCUCGAGGAGUGCAUCGAUAGCGUCGUCGAUAGAUGAGUCGGUGCCGCUUCAACUGAGGGGUAUGUCUGAAAAGGCACGAGGCAAGCGGCCAGUGGGCCAGCCAGCCUUUUCGCGGCAAAACAGCGUGACGAGCUUGCACAGCAUAGCGGGUCCAGCGUUGGCGUCGAAUGAGUUCUUCACGCCGUCUGUACCAUGGUUGGAAGGGUGGCUUUCGGAGUUGCCGUUGCACACGAUUCUCAUGCUGAUAUCAGAGCUUGGGCCGAAGCUGCCGGCUUCGGGCGACUCAAACGACACGGCAGCAGCGCUGAAGAUGAUUGGCGAGACGGAAGUACGAGGCAUCGAGCCGUCGCCAAUCAGGGUACACCUGUUUGAGUGGUCGCCGCUAUCGCUUGGCUGGUAUGAGUCUCUGCUAUGGGGUUUCAUUUUUGCGGCCGAGAUGCUGGUGGCCAAGGGGACUGCCGGGGUUUGGAACAACACUAGCAUACGGCUGUUCAAGGUUCAAGAAGCGGCCGUGACGACUCCCUCGCUACUACAACCUAGAGGGGCCGUGGACGCGGUAGGUAGCAAUCUGGUGCAGCGAAUCGGGUCGCUCAACCUGCGUGGGGUUGCAGGCCAGGCCGCGCAACGCUCCCCGUCAAGCGGCGGGACUGCCGGAACCCCGACGAUUCGCGACGUAUAGCGGCAUGUCAGAGCUUGGCGUUGUUCAGCCACGAGAAGCGAGGGUGAAGGUGUAAAGGCGCGACGACGACUAGUGUAGGUUAGGCUAGCAUUAGAGGUAGAUAGUAUGCAAGGAAGGAUGGACGUUGUGAACGAGUGGGUGGGUGGCCCUGUCAUGGCGGAGGGUUGUGGGAAUGUGAUUGGAGAGGGAGGCUGUUUAACGUUUGCCCAUAUUACCCCGUUUCGGUAGCGAUAAC